UUAUUUAUAAAAGGGUGCCGAGUCUUACCUUAAUCCCAUCGACUCGCUUCGGUGGGAUUCUGUUAUCUUCCACGCCAUUUUUUCUGAUUCCUUAUAUUGAUCCUCUUUCUGAUCCCCACAUAGACAGUUGAUAUAUGAGGAAGGCAUCAGGAGUCUAGGGAUAUAUUCUCGCUGUGUACUUUAUACCAGACAAAGUUAUAGCAGCCAUGGCUGUCCUUUUGCUCAUUGUUUUGAUAUUGGCUUCAUGUUUGGUGCUAAGAGUGGCCGUGGAAACCAUCUGUGUCUACUGGUUAACUCCCCGACGCAUCAGACAGUUCAUGGAAAAGCAAGGAGUUCGUGGACCUCACCCACGGUUUUUAGUUGGCAAUCUUUUCCACAUGGCUUCUCUUGUCCAGGAGACCACCUCCUCUGACAUGGGCUCUGUUCACCAUGACAUCGUCGGAAGACUCUUGCCUCAUUACGUCCUCUGGUCUAAGCUAUAUGGAAAAAGAUUCAUAUAUUGGUGGGGAGUUGAGCCAAGGAUGUGUCUGUCAGAAACGGAGCUGAUCAAAGAGCUGCUUUCUGCUAAAAAUAGCCAAGUUUAUGGAAAAUCAUGGCUGCAGAGGCAAGGGGCGAAGCACUUCAUUGGGAAAGGCUUAUUGAUGGCCAAUGGUGAAGAAUGGGUCCAUCAACGCCACAUAGCAGCACCGGCAUUUCAAGCAGACAAGCUCAAAGGGCGCAUUGGGCAUAUGGUAGACUGCACGAGGCGUGCAUUGCAGUGCUUGCGUUCAGCAGCAGAAUCGGGACAAACAGAGGUGGAAAUCAAUGGCUUCUUCAACAGGCUAACUGCAGACAUCAUAUGUAGGACAGAGUUUGACAUUAAUUAUGAGAAAGGCAAGAAGAUUUUUGAUCUCCUUACCACCCUGCAGCAUCACUCUUCUAAGGCAAGCCGGCAUCUAUGGUUUCCUGGUAGCAGGUUUUUUCCUAGUAGAUACAACAGAGAAAUCAAGAGGGUCAAGGUGGAAAUAGAGUAUCUACUGAUGCAGAUCAUCGAGAGGAGGAGAGACGGAGUGGAAAUAGGAAGGAGCGCCUCCUACGGCAAUGGUUUGCUUGGGCUCUUAUUGGAACAGGUUGAGAACAAGAAUUCCAAGUCUAACUUCACGAUACAGCAUCUUAUAGACGAAUGCAAGACGUUCUUUUUCACAGGCCACGAGACCACUGGUCUCCUUCUAACUUGGACAGUUAUGCUGCUUGCUUGCAACCCUUCUUGGCAAGAGAAAGCCAGGGAAGAAGUGCUCCGAGUCUGCCAAGGCUCACCUCCUUCUGCUGAUCACCUCACGAAGCUCCCUCUGUUGGGCAUGAUUCUGAACGAGUCCUUGAGGCUGUACCCACCUGCUGCACUCCUACCCAGGCAAGCAUUCGAGGACACCAUGCUGGGCGACCUCCAGAUUCCCAAAGGUCUGUCCAUAUGGAUCCCAGUGCUGGCGAUCCACCACAGUGAGGAGCUCUGGGGGAAGGACGCCAAUGAGUUCAAUCCAGAGAGAUUCGCCGGCAGAUCGUUUGCCUCAGGCAGGCACUUCAUGCCAUUUGCAGCAGGACCCAGGAACUGCAUCGGCCAGGCCUUCGCCAUCAUGGAAGCCAAAGUGGUCUUGGCCAUGCUGCUUUCCAGCUUCAGCUUCACUGUCUCUCACAACUACAGGCACGCACCCGUCUAUGUCCUGACUUUGAAGCCUAAGCAUGGAGUGCAGAUCGACUUGAAGCCUCUUCAGUAGUGCUGUGAUUGAUCCUUCAUUAAUUUUCUUAGCUUACCACUUUCCUGUUUUCUUUAACUUAUUCAAAAGCCGAUGAAGCCGACGCUGUAACUUGGGUCUUAAGGUGGAGUUCCCAAGGGAGCACUUCAGUUGCAGGUCUCCUAGUUUCAAGCUGGUUCGGGAAAAAUAUUUUCUUUUCUCAGCAUGCAGGUGGGUCUAGCAGCAUAUGGACAAAAGAGAGCAGCCUAAUGUGUCAGCAGCCAGCUUCUUUACCAAUCUUCGGUUUUUUUUUUCUUUCUUCCCUACUGUUUGCAUAUGUUGCAGAUGCUAAUUAAUGCAGUCAAUGGGAAAUUCGUCUUC